GUGUCCCCGCCCCCUCGCCUAGCCGCUCUGGCUCGAACGUCAGCUCCGGCCUCUCCGCACUAGAAGUCGCCCGUCCCUGCGAACCAGCGAGUGGCCGCGGCUAGAAGGGCUGCGUGCGGCUCGUGCGCCAGGCUGGCCGGAAGAGGAAGUAAUAGUUCCGCCUUCGUCUCGGGGUGGGGGUGGAGCUGGAGCUCGUCUUCGGUGGGCCAGUGGUCCCGUCCGCUCGGCGGCACCGGAAAAAAUGAUUUCCGAAAGCAGUUCUUUUGUGAAAGGCAUGGUGUUAGGAGGACUCUUCUGUGUAUUUGUCACACUCAUUGGACAUAAUAAGAUGGGCCAGGGGACUAAAGCACAUCACCAUGAGCAUCAUCAUAUUCAAGCACCUAACAAAGAAGAUGUCUUAAAUCUGUCAGAAGGUGAGCGCCUGGAGCUCAGCCACAGUAUCCGUGUUUAUUGUAUCAUCCUUGUAAAACCUAAAGAUCUUGGCAAUUGGGCUGCUGUGAAAGAAACAUGGAGCAAACACUGUGACAAGGCCGAAUUCUACAGUUCUGAAAACGUUAAGGUGUUUGAUUCUGUUGUUCUCAACACAAAUGACAUGUGGAUGAUGGUGAGAAACGCUUAUAAAUUAGCAUAUGAACGCUAUAAAGAUGAGUACAACUGGUUCUUUCUAGCACAUCCGACGACAUUUGCUGUUAUAGAAAAUCUCAAAUAUUUCUUGCUGAAAAAAGACGCAUCACAGCCUUUUUAUAUAGGUCAUACUGUAAAAUCAGGAGAGCUUGAGUACGUAGAUGGUGAUGGAGGAAUUGUCUUAAGUAUAGAGUCCCUAAAAAGACUCUCUAAAAUUUUUGAAGACCCUGAGAAGUGUCCAGAACAGGGAGGCUUGAUUUGGAAACUCUCUGAGGAUAAACAACUAGCAGUCUGCCUGAAAUAUACUGGAGUAUUUGCUGAAAAUGCAGAAGAUUCUGAAGGAAAAGAUGUCUUUAACACCAAAUCAGUUGGUUCUCUUAUUAAAGAAGCAAUGGCUAAUCACCCUCAACAAGUAGUAGAGGGAUGCUGUUCUGACAUGGCCAUCACUUUCAAUGGAUUGGCUCCUAACCACAUGCAUGUAAUGAUGUAUGGUGUUUAUAGGCUCAGAGCAUAUGGGCACAAUUUCAAAGAUGCACUGGUUUUCUUACCUCCCACAGAUUCAGACAAUGACUGAUAUCUGUUCAAAGAAGGCAUAUGUAUUGUGUAGAACAUGCAGUCAGCUGUUAAUGCAUAAUGUGACUUGCAUGUAUACAAGCUGGUGCAAUUUUUGUAUUUGAUGGUAUCUGUGUAUUUUUUGCACAUCAGGGUUUGGUCAUUUUAGUUUUAAAAGUGGGGAUCUUUUUUUCUAAAACUUUUAUACAAAAAUGUUUCUGGCUCUUGACUGUGUUGGAAUGAAAAAUGUUAAUGGUAAUGCUACAAUCUUUGUGUGAUAAAGGAAAUGAAUUUAUAGGGGAUGUUUGUAUGGCUAAAUAUUUAUAAGUGAAAACAAAUGAAUCUUAAUCUAUUGUAAUUUAAAUAUAUUUUUGCAAGAUUUUUUGAUUUUGAACUCUUCCAUGCACUUCUUGAAAAUCUUUAUAUCUUUCUAAGAUGUACAAAUAAAACUGAAAAUACAGAAUUUAGUAUUAAAGUACAACUUUAAGCUGUUUUCUUUA